CGUCAAUAUGGUCAUCGAUUGCGAAUUCAGCGAGGACACAUCUACUAACGAAAUACGAAUUCCGUAACAUGUCUGAUGACGAGCCCGAGAUAAGAAAACUUCAUACAGGAUUCAUCAUUUGAUCCUAAGCACCCGAUUAUCAAAGUUAUUCACGUUUCACAAUCAUAACUAUUGUUACUUUGAGUUUCAUUAUCCUGUUCCGAUCUGUUCCACAUUUGCUUUUGAUGUCAAGGUCGGAAUGUCCACCUUCCGUUUUGAUCAUCCGCAUUGGCAUUUUCGUACCUAUUUCCUUCUAUUAUAAAGAAACGCCAGGAAAACACACCCGGUUUCCUUACGGUCGUUGACGUUACACGCUCUUUUUCACUAAGUUAUUGCUAACCAUGAAUUCAAACCUCAUUAGCUUUUUGACAAUCUGUCUGGGAUUCUGCAACGCCAAUCUCUCGCAGAAUGGUCCAAACGGUCCUACUUCAUCUAUCGUCCCCAGUCCUCCAAGAAACUCUACCGACUUACCACUCGGCCCGCAGACUUGGAACGCCCUGAAAAUAGACGACUACCUGGCUAAUUAUCCCGGGGGAUCGAACUUGACUCUUCAGGACUAUGCCUUUUCACAUCAAGCCCAGAACUUUAUCUGUGGAAUCGGUGAAGGUUGCCAUGCAGGCCAGCUUGGUAAUCCGGUAGCAGCGCCGGACUGGUACGUGUUGUACGCGGCCCAGGAAUGGAACGCCGUCCAAAAUUCUAUUUACACUGCCAUCGGUUUCGCGGUUUCAAUGGUCCAAGCCACUGCGGGAAGCAUGGUCACAGAUUUAUUUGGCACCAAGUCACACUCUAUCUUCUUCCGAUUACAAGACCUUUUCGUUUUACUCAGUGGCCUCGCCUUCACGGUCGCUGUACUCAGUAUUAUCAUCCCCGGCCCACCCGGCCUGAUAGCUGCUAGUGUGAUUGCUGGGGCAAUCGCAGCGGGUACUAGUACGGUGUUCACCGGGAUCAAUCUGUAUCAAAGCUGGGACCGCACCCCUGAUGGCUUCACUCGGUGGUCCUCAUAUGUUUACUAUCUCUCAGAGUGGCAAUCUAAAGUCCAAGAUAAACUGGCAAAUAUGACCAGCACCACUAUCCAAUCCGGCAUUUCUUCGCUUCCGGGAAUCGCAAACGCUCUAAAAGGAGGGGUCUUCCUGAACAACACGCAGAUCGAGGAGCAGCAGAAUGUUCAAAAGCAAAUCGAACAAACAUUAACCGUCCGAAUUUUGGUCGACAUCCUGCGGACUCAGGGUGGUUAUGUAACUUACAAAAGUGAUCCAUGCAAUGGUAAAGGUCCAAACGGCGCAUGGCGUGGAGACGACGUUCUGUCUUUUUGUAAGGAUGGAACAAUGAUGAACAUUGUCAAAGCCAAGGGCAAAAAAACCGACAACAAAUGGUUUAACGCUCGGGUCAUUGCGGACAAGUACAACAUCACCACCGAAUAUCUUGUUACUCAAUCCUGGAAUUGCUUCCAGAAAUACAAAGCCUUCAACUACGAUCCUUACCGCAAUGGAACACUCCCCACAGACGUGAACGCCGAGUGUGUGGCCAACCUCCCAGUUUGUGAUUGCACUGACCCAGCAAUCAAAAAAGCUCGUCGGAAGGGUCACACUACCACACGUGCCUGUCGGGAUCAAGGCAAACUUCCAAUCUAGAACCACCUCCCAUUUUCUAUAUAUACCUAUAUAUCUAACAACCAUUGUCAAUACGCUAAAAAAGCUUUGGAUUUCGCUAAAUCGUGCCUACUAGACCUUCAGCACGUUCACCUUUUUCAUUUCUUCCGUUGAUUGGGAUUUCUUGGAUAUAGUCUUUCUAGAAUGUCAAAGUUAAAUCUUUAUGGCUAUCAAAGUACCAAGUUUAUGAAUUUAUUUUUGAAACAUUACCUUCACUUCCCUCAUUGCAAAAAAACAUUUGCCCCUGUUUUUUGAAAAGGAAAAACCAAUAAAGUUGGACUUGAUUAUUGAUACACUCUACAGUCACCUGUUGGUGUGAACUGGGGCAGAGA